AUGACCAGCUGUCCUUUAUGUCUGAAGUGCUUUUCAUUGACAGUCCGACUCCUCCCACCAACGAAACGGCCCACUAUUCUUGUUCUCGACGGCGGCGGUAUCCGCGGGAUCAUUACCCUAGGCUUCCUCAAAGCCCUAGAGAGUCAGGUUGUCGGCGUGGGAGGCUUGCGGGAGGCGUUUGAUCUCAAUGUAGGGACCAGUGCAGGUUUGGACAGCUGGCUUAACGUCGGACGUCUUGAAGGUGGGCUGAUAUUAUCGGACGUGGUUGUCUGUGGAGAGAGCGUAGACGAGGCCCGGGCAAGGUUCAUCACCUUGGCGCGGCGGAUAUUCCGAACUCGGCCACUUGUACACACUCUUGUCGGGCAGUCAUGGGACUUUCUGAGAAGUUGGCUGACUGACAGCCGCCAUGACUCGGAAGUCCUUGACGACGCUCUCCAAGAGGCUUUCAGUACCCUGCGCCGGCUGUUUGAUACCACGCCGCCACUCUUGUCAGGUAUUCGCGUGGCGCUAACAGCUAGUCAGGUUGAUGAGGAUGGAUCACUCUGCCUCUUCUCGAAUUACCGUGGAGUAGGGCGCAUACAUGCUCAAUCAGCAUACAAAAGACAGAGCAGCUGCUUCCUCCUCCUGCUCUUGCCCUGGAUAGCUCUCAAGAUAUACAUUGCUGAUAAUGAGACAGUGCAUGAUGCUGCGUGGCCGCGCUAUGGUAUGAACUCAGUAUUCUGCCUAGCCAGUAGACCAUUCAUUGAUGCAAAACAAACUCACAGGUAUUUCACAACCAAGCAUCUUCCAAAUAUUGGGACAUUUCAAGAUGGGGGUAUCAGCGCCAAUUGUCCGCUCAGGCCGCUAUUCGCGAGGGCGAGAUCAUCUGGCCCGGAUGCACACGGCCAGACCUCGUCAUUAGCAUCGGGACGGACAGGUUACGCUCAUGAACAGCCCGCUAACAAUGCUAAAACCCGGAGAGGGUUCUGGAGCGGGGGAUUUGUCGAGCGAGCUAUCCAUACCUUCCUACAAUCACCUGCUGUUAACAGCAGACGCGGAUGGCAAGAUGCACUGGAUAUCAUCCCUGAGAAUCUUCGGCCUGACGUAUUCCGUCUUGAUCGCGAGGUGGCCGGCGACCUCCCAGAGCUCGAUGAUUCGAGUGCGCUGAACGGUCUAUUUAUCAUUCAGCCGGUUGUCCUUCACGGCAGGGAAUGA